AUGGCUCUGGCUACCCCACCCCACCCAUCUCCACCCCCUGCCCUCCAGGACUCCCCUGUCUACAUCCAUGACCUCUUGUAUCUGGAAGUGUCUUCUGGGAUACUUUCCUAUUACUCAACCACUUCCAAGGCUGCCUGCCAAUUACAGACUAAAAUGUCUCAAUAUGGGUCCCAGACUCUUCCUGUCUUUGGAAGAGACUUUCUCCCUAUGACUUCUCUCUUAUCCUCUGUCAGAAAGCCUGCCUUAUCUUUAUGCCCUCCCUCUCUGUCAUUUAUUUCCAUAUAUAUUGAUGUCAACAUAUAUUGA